GUCAUACUCAUAUAGAUAUAGACUUUACUUAACUCGUGGUAUGUUCUUCAUUUUCAUAAUAGUUUGAUCAAAUCAACGACUAUCUUCUUCCUCAUCUCAACUCAUCCAUCUUCAUUCUUCUUCAACUCGAAAUUGAAGCUUUAAUUCGACGAACCGGUCGGGUAAAAACCGUGUUAAUUAAUUUCUUAAUUAAUUUUAGUUUGUACGAAAAUGGAGAGGUAUGAAAAUAUGAAGAAUAUUGGGUCUGGAAAUUUUGGUGUUGCAAAGCUUGUCAAAGAUAAAUGGACUGGAGAGCUUUUUGCUGUCAAAUAUAUUGAAAGAGGACAAAAGAUUGACGAGACGGUUCAAAGGGAGAUCAUGAACCACAAAUUGUUGGAACAUCCUAAUAUUAUUCGAUUCAAAGAGGUGUUCUUGACUCCUACACAUUUGGCAAUAGUAAUGGAAUAUGCUGCUGGUGGUGAGCUUUUCGAAAGAAUUUGUACUGCUGGAAGAUUCAGUGAAGAUGAGGCUAGGUAUUAUUUCCAACAACUAAUAUCAGGAGUCAGUUACUGCCACUCUAUGCAAAUCUGUCAUAGAGACCUUAAGCUGGAAAACACUCUAUUAGAUGGCAGUCCAGAACCGAGGCUUAAAAUCUGCGACUUUGGCUACUCCAAGUCAGCAGUGCUACAUUCUCAACCGAAAUCAACGGUGGGAACACCGGCCUAUAUAGCCCCAGAAGUCCUUUCAAGAAAAGAGUACGAUGGAAAGAUUGCAGAUGUUUGGUCUUGUGGAGUGACUCUAUAUGUGAUGUUAGUUGGAGCUUAUCCUUUUGAAGAUCCAGAUGAUCCUAGAAAUUUCAAAACCACUAUUUCGAGAAUACUGAGUGUACACUACUCCAUCCCUGAUUAUGUUCGCGUCUCCAAGGACUGUAACCACCUACUUUCUCGAAUAUUCGUAGCCAACCCUGAAAAGAGGAUAACAAUGGAAGAGAUAAAGAAACACCCAUGGUUUCUGAAGAAUUUACCGGCAGAGUACGCAGAAGGCGGUCUAGGGGAAACUUUAAACGCGGCGAAAACAGACGUUUCAACAUCAUCACAAGAUGAAGAGGAAAUAGUAGCCAUAAUUCAGGAAGCAAGGAAGGCGGCGGCGUCAGUGCAAGGGUCAACACUGUUUAAUACCGGUGAAGGUAUGCUAUUAGGCGGCAGCUUGGAUUUCGACGACAGCGAGCUUGAUGAGGAUCUUGAUGAUUUGGAAGAAGAUGAUUUUGUAUGUGCUAUGUGAUACACGAUAUGAUAUGAUAUGAUAUACAUAGUACUAAUUCGGGUUUCAAGUAGUUAAUUAGUCUUAAUUAAUCAAGUGUAUGUGUGUUUCUAAUAAGGUUUUGAUUAAUCUUUCUUGAUGUAUUAUGCAUUCUAUCCGUUUGGUGAGGCUGUAAUUAACCACUAAAUUUGGUUGAAUGAAUGUAUAAUAAAAUGCAUGGGUUUGUCAUAUGAUGUGAUCAUAUGAACCAAAUUUGCAAUUACAUUUUUAUUGGAGGAAGUUGACUCGCUAUAGCAAA